AUGGUCCAACUCGCGUCCGCUCCAGCCCUUGUCGUGGUCGACAUGCAGAACGGCUUCUGCCACAAACAAGGCACCUUCGCAAAGAUGGGGAUGCAGUGCGAGCCAACAGUGAUUGUGCCGCACAUCAACGAGCUCCGCUCCGCCGCCCGUGCCGCCAGUAUCCCAAUCUUCUUCCUACGGGCAGGAUUCAACGCGGACUACUCCGACUUUCGCGGCGGCGGCGAUGACAAGAACCCGCUUCAGAAAAUGCGAGGUUUCAUCCGAGGGUCUUGGGAUGCCGACAUUCUCGACGAACUCACGCCCGAGCCCGACGAGCCGAUCUUUGACAAGACGAGGAACUCUGCUUUCUUUGGGACGCCGCUGGAAAAGACGCUCAAGGAGCGGGGAAUCAAUCAUCUAAUUCUAACGGGGGUGGGGACCGAUGUAUGUGUGGAGACGACGGCAAGAGACGCCUUUCAGAUGGACUUUGACGUUACUACUAUAAGUGAUGCGACCGGGUCAACCAAUGAGCCAGAUCAUUUAGCUGCGCUGCACGCCCUGCGACGCUUUGGCGGCACGGCGUCGACGGCAGAGGUGAUUGAAGCUUUGCGGAAGCGAUGA